CGCUCGGCAUUCCUAAUGGCCCAGCAGCCUGCAAUCGACGCACUCGACAGCUCGGCUGACGCUGCCUGGUGCUGGAACCAGGAAGGCGCUGAGCUUAAAUUGAAGCAAGUUCUGAGGACGCCGGUGGCGCCGUGGUUAGAAGAGGGGGUUCCAGGCCCCCACGUCAGGAGGUGCGAACCCGAAGGUCGAUCCAGAAUGGGACGCCGGUCUUCAGACACUGAAGAGGAAAGCAGAAGCAAGAGAAAAAAGAAACAUCGGAGGCGGUCCUCCUCCAGCAGUUCUUCAGACAGCAGGACGUACAGCCGCAAGAAGGGCGGCAGGAGGCCACGGUCCGAGUCACGGUCCUGGUCCCGAGACCGCCAGCUUCGCUCACACUCCUACGAGAGAAGACGCAGGCGCAGAUCGAGUAGCAGCUCUUCUUAUGGCUCCAGAAGAAAAAGAAGUCGCAGUCGGUCCAGGGGCCGAGGAAAAUCCUAUAGAGUUCAAAGGUCUCGGUCAAGAAGCAGAACGAGAAGGUCCAGGUCGAGACCUCGUCCACGCUCACAUAGUAGAAGCAGUGAAAGAUCCAGUCACAGAAGGACUCGGAGUAGGUCCAGGGACAGAGACAGACGUAAAGGCCGGGACAAAGAGAAAAGAGAAAAGGAGAAGGAUAAAGGCAAAGACAAAGAAGCACACGGCAUCAAGCGCGGAGACUCUGGAAACAUCAAAGCUGGAUUAGAACAUCUGCCUCCAGCUGAGCAGGCCAAAGCCAGACUACAAUUGGUCCUUGAAGCUGCUGCAAAAGCUGAUGAAGCACUAAAAGCCAAAGAAAGGAAUGAGGAAGAAGCAAAGAGAAGAAAAGAAGAAGACCAAGCCACCCUGGUAGAACAAGUGAAAAGAGUAAAAGAAAUUGAAGCAAUUGAAAGUGAUUCUUUUGUUCAGCAGACAUUCAGAUCAAGUAAAGACGUCAAGAAGGCAGGAGAACCAACUGAAGGGAAGCAUGUGACUCCAGCAUCAGGACCAGCAGCAACAGCUGCUGACCCACCCAGCACGGGGAAGGAGAUAGACCCCGACAGCAUCCCCACGGCCAUCAAGUACCAAGAUGACAAUUCUCUAGCUCACCCAAAUUUAUUUGUUGAGAAAGCUGAAGCUGAAGAAAAGUGGUUCAAGAGGUUAAUUGCUCUCCGUCAAGAAAGACUGAUGGGCAGUCCCGUGGCCUAAGCAAUGACUUGUGGUCGAAUUGGCAGUAACCUUGAAGAUUUAGGUUUUAAAAUACCAAUAUUAAGUUUCAAUUUUAAAAAUAAUUUAGCCAAUUACAGUGAAAAGAAAUCUCAUUUCCUCCCUCAUGUUCAACUAAAUAUGUAGUAACUUGAAUUGUGAAUUGUGAAUCUGUUAUAAAAGUUCUGAGUGCAUGAACAUAUUUCACUGUCAAUAAAGCAAAUAAGAAAUAUCAGUGUUGAAAUAAAUGAAUACUCAGUGUUUCUCAUUAUAAUUCUUACAAAGUCGUGUUUAUAUGCAAGAGCUAUAUUAUGUAGUAUGAGUAUGAGAUUUCUUCUCCUGUGUAUUGAGAAACCCUUCUUGAAUCCCUUCAUUAUUUCACCUUCCUUAAGGGUUUAGGUAUCACAUAGGCACCCUAAGGGGUGGAAGCAGUGGCCAUGGUAAACAAGGUAGCAUGUUUUGUGUCUGCGGUAGGCUCAGCCCUCUGCUCCCAGUCCUUCGGAGGCGUAGCAGGGAGGAUCCCAGCCCCAGUGUACACUGCACAGCAAGUCCUGGGGCACCUCGGACCACAUGGGAGGCCUUGCCUGGACAAAUGUUAAUUGAAUAAAGGGAUCAUUUUUGCUUGGA